CCAACGUUCAUCUUCUUCUUCUCCUUGUUUUUCCUUCUCCAAAAACACAAACACAGAAGUCACGAAAGGUGCUGCUUUCUGACUUUGAUUGGAGGGACUCCUGGGGGUGGUUUGCCUAAAUCCUACCAGCAACGAAGUAGUGGGGGCAAAUAAACACUCUAAGGAGAGUGAUCUAAUCACGCCUUCAAUCGUUCUCUUCCAUACUGUUUCCCUGACAAUCUUAGAUUGUUUAUUUUUGAGUGACAAUGGAUUCUGGAGUGGAGAGCACUUUGAAGGCGUAUGCCUCUGAUUCCAACAAACUCAAUCGGUUUGAUGGAACCAAUUUCACCCGCUGGCAAGAGAAGAUGAAAUUUCUGUUGACUGCUUUGAAGAUCGUGUACAUACUGGAUCCUGAUUUGGUGCCGCUAGAAGAACCACAAGACACUGACUCUGGUGAAUUGAAGGUUGAGCGCAAGAAGAGGAGUGAGGACAGUCUGCUGUGCCGAGGAUACAUCCUCAAUUCACUAUCUGAUCGUCUCUACGAUCUGUAUUCCCAGUUGGCGACCCCUACUGAAAUUUGGACAUCUUUGGAGAACCAGUACAAAUCAGAGAAACAGGGCGUAGAUAAGUUUGUCACAUUCCAGUUCUUUGAAUUUAGCAUGACUGAUAAGCGUUCAAUUCUGGAUCAAGUUCAUGAAUUCCUAAUCUUGGCCUCUAAGUUCACUGCGUUGAAGAUAACACUUCUUGAUGCGUUUCUGGUGGGGGCAAUUAUUGCGAAGUUGCCUCCAUCAUGGAACAACUAUAGGAAGAAAUUACUUCAUACGUCAGAGGAGUUCACUUUGGAGCAUAUUCAGAAGCACCUUAGGAUCGAGGAGGAAACUCGUAUCCGUGACAAGGAUCUGAAUUCGGGGGCACCAUCAAGUUCUAAAGUGAAUGUUGUGGAGAGCAAGAAAGGAAGAAGAGAAAGGCCAUGAAUAAUUCCAAAAACCAGACCAACAACCAGAAGAAUAAAAAGAAAAAACCGUCCCCUAUGUCCACUAAGAAUUGUUUCAAUUGUGGGCAAUUGGGACAUAUUGUUCGCUUCUGUCCUAAUCCAAAGAAGAACCAGAACUAAAACGAAGGGGCUGCAAGUGCAAACGUGAUUGAGAAAGUUGAGCCUAGUGAGAUUGUUGCAAUGAUUUCUGACUUACAUGUGAGUAUGAUUCAGGAAUUGCACAUGGCUGGAGUCAUGACCAGUGCUGAUUGGUGGUAUGAUUCGGGGGCAACUGCUCACAUUUGCAACAAGAGAGCCAUGUUCAAGGACUACACAUAGUCAACGGAGGGACAUGAGGUUCUGUUGGGUGAUCAUCGCACGAUCAAGGUUCUUGGAUCUGGAACCGUGGAGCUUUUCUUCACCUCGGGAAAGAAAGUUGUUCUCACCAAUGUCCUUCACGUUCCUGAUGUUAGAAAGAACUUGUUUCUGGUUUCAUGCUUUGUAAGAAGGGGAUAAAAGUUGUGAUAGAAUCUGAUAGGGUGAUUCUGACCAAGGCUGGAUGUUUGUUGGGAAGGGCUAUGUUAGUGAUGGUAUGUUUAAGUUAAGUAUUGACAAUGGUAAUAUUAAUAAUAAAGUUGAUGGUUCUGC